GAGUCGAGUAGAGCUGUGCCGUGUACGUUAUUGCUGAGUUAUGUGCGUCCUGCUAGACGUAUACUGACUGUGUUCAACGAAACAGCUAGGGUCACACGGACAUCGAAAGAUGAAAGACACAGCUUACAUGCGGGCUGCUCGGGGUGGCUCUACUUUUCGCAGCUGUAACUGGAGCAAAAUGCGAAACGGUGGACGCUAUGAAGAUGAUAGGGUACUUUCGCAACAUGACGGCCAUCUAUGCAACUACAGCUACGGCAGGCGACGUUCAACUAGAAUGCCUGCACGCGCAACUGACUGAAUACGACUUGGAUGCUGGGACAGGCACGUAUCUUUGGUAUGUGAAGGAUGCUGAUGGGAACGAAAUGACAAUCACCCACCAUAUGACCAGAGGAAAUUCGUCCGAUGAAGUGACUGUGGUUGGUUCAAGUGAUGCUGACAAUCCUUUUACCGCAACGGUUCCUUACACUGACUACAGAAAGUGCUUUGUUCUGAAAAGUGGAGACCUCGGAGGCCAAUGCAUGCUAUGGGUCAACAAUGCGUUUAAAGACAGCUACCCUCGGAUGUGUGUAAGAAAAUACAAAAAAUACUGCGAUGGUGGAGUCUUGAUCUACGACAAACAGACUUGCGCAGACCAGUAACUUGCAUAGAAAGCGUCCCAAUCAGGUACCUGCAUCCUCGGCACUUAAAAAGCACCAAGGAUCUUUCGGCGUACUAUGUCUCUCAAUCGCACAUGUACGCGCACGAAGAGAAAUAAAUUUCAUUGUGAAUC